AUGGUUGGAACCUUGAAAAGUACACGAAUAAGUUGGGCUGAGCAUAUAUGGAGAUCGGCAGGACUAAUUGGACAAAUAACAGGGCUGACCCAGACAAAGACAGGAAGCCAGGCUAAAGGCAGAUCUGAGGAUAUUAUAGGAGUAAGGAACACACAGGAAAUUUCAAACGACAGGGAAGAAUGGAGGCAAUAUGUUGUUGCGGAAAUGGGCCUGAAAGGCCUAUAA